CAUUUACUUCCGCUGCCUGGAUAGACUUGUGUCGCAGAUUCGACAGAUAUUCGGGUUUUUCUGAAACAAAUGUGCUUUAUAAUUUUUUAUUCGGGGGUUAUACACAGCCUCUGCGUUCCUCACUUCACUGCAUGAAAUAGUUUUCUAUUUGUUUUCGUUGACUCGUAGGGAAAAAAUGAGUGGAGAAAAAGCAGGUGGUUCUGUGUUCAUGUGCCGCCUGUGCAACCUGUUCUCUCCCAGUCGCUCCCAACUGCUGGCCCAUUGCUCCAGGAAUCACCCCCAACAUGAGCCUCCGGAUAGCAUCAUGACUGCACUGCAGCCACUUAUAACUGAGCCUGUGGAGAAGCUGCCAGAGAGUCCAGUUAAGCGGAAACGAGGAAGACCAAAAGGUUCAACCAAGAAGCUACUCAGGGACUUGGCAGAGGGGACCACUUUUGCCACCCAGUGGGCAGAGGAAGAUAUGAAAAAAGAAGAAUUGAGAAUCAAGGAGGGAGUGCAACAGUGCGGUCCAGUCAGAGAUGGUGAAAGCCAGGAUGGGGUUUUAGGGCUUGAAUGCAGAAACUGCCAUCGCACAUUCAGCAACAGACGACAGAUCGUCAAACACAUCUGCCUGAGAGAGGACGAUGAAGAGGAGGAUGGCCAACAGAAUGGAAGCACACGUGAUUCAGAAGAAGGUUCAAGAGGAGCAGAUACAAACCAGACAAAACAAAAACCAACAAGACCUGGACACAAAAGAGAAAAGGAUACCAGCGGCUCUAAACUCAACAGGGUUUGCAGCGAAAGAGCAGGACGGAAAAAAUCUGUCAUUAGUGUUGUUCUGACACAAGAUGAAAUACUUCCAGCAGGUGUUUGUAAAAUGGUGCCAGUAGAAGAUAUUUCAGCAGAAACGGAGUCUGCAGCUGUCCAAGCUCAACAUCAGGGCCUUCCAAGUGGAGUUACCUUCUGUGAAAAUAACCAGACAACAGAAGAUGAGCCGAACUCUAAUUUGAAGUCAGAAGCAACAGCCAGCAAAGGGUUCCAGGAAUAUUCUAUCAAGCAAGAUGCUGCCAAUUUACCCCAGAGCAAGCUGAAGAUCUUUGCCUGCGAGUUUUGCAAUAAGAUCUUUAAGUUCAGACAUUCAUUGGUCGCCCAUCUCCGGACACACACCAGGGAGAAACCCUUUCAGUGUCCACACUGUGACUAUGCCUCAGCCAUCAAAGCCAACCUGAAUGUUCACCUGAGGAAACACACAGGAGAGAAGUUCAGCUGUGAGCACUGCGCCUUCAGCUGCUUCAGCCCAGGACACCUCAAGGUUCACACAGAGCGAGUCCAUCUGAAGAUGAAGCAGCACUGCAGCUUCUGUCAGAAAAAAUACUCUGACGUGAAGAACCUGCUGAAACACAUGGAGGCACGGCACAACCUGAAAGACUCUGCCGUUCUCCAGACCUACCAGAAACUAAGGUUAAAGACUCGUCAGGGCCUGAGGCAGCUCCUGUACCACUGCCCUACCUGUAACCGACGCUUCAAAAACCAGCAGGAGCGGGAGCGCCACCUACUGAUCCAUGGCCCUCAGCCGCCCUUUGCCUGCCUGCUCUGUGACCACAAUGCAACCAAGAUGGACGCCCUCGCCGCCCACGUCAGGAAGCACCUCUUCCUGUACGUGUGCAGUGUCUGCGACAAAAAACUGGUUAGUUCACAGAGACUUAGGGGUCACCUGGAGGAGAGUCACAGUGAGCUGGACAUGGAGGAGACCUUCGCUGACUGUAUCAAGAUCAGCUACUAUCUGAUACCGCCUGAAGGAGGCGGAGGAAGCAAGGAGGUCGAGGACACAGAGAGGGAAACGACCUUCAAGGAAAGUGGGACUGACAGGACAAAGGUAGAAGGCGAAAAGGGUCCUAUUGAAGUUGAAGAGCAGCUGCGCGAAGAUGGGACGCAGGAGCAGGAGGAAGAACAAACCAAAUCUGAACAGGUGAUGGAAGAAGAGAAAGGAAAAGAAGAACGAUUAAACAUCGGGGGAGCUCAGAAAGAUUCACAGGACACAUGUGAUGAGGCAGCAGCUGAGGAAAGGUUACACAAUCCAGCUGCAUGUGUGUCUGCAGCUGACACACCUGCAGAGAAAACACAUUCGUCCUUAUCACCAGGGAGUGUCCACACCUCGUCUCUGGGAGACAGGACUCAAGAAAACACACAGGCAGAUGCUGGAAACACAUCUGUAGCCAGCAACAUAGCCUCAUCUUUAUUAUCAGGAAUUUCCAACGUAUCUGAUUUAACUGCUGAAAUACAUUCACCUUCAGAUUCCCUGGUGGAAAACAGCCAAACCUCUCCUACAGAGAAGAGUGCGUUCCAGCAGGUGUUUUCAUCUCUUCACAAAACCCUCCUUGAUAUGGAGACCUAUCAGAGGCUGAGGAAAAUCUACGGAGACCUGGAAUGUCAAUAUUGUGGCAAACUGUUCUGGUACAAAGUCCAUUACAACGUCCAUGUCCGCACACACACCAAGGAGCACCUGCAUUACUGUUCAAAGUGCAGCUACUCCUCCAUCACCAAGAGCUCAUUGAAGCGGCACCACAUCCAGAAGCACAGCGGUCUGCUGCUGCCUUGUUCCAGUCCUGGCUGUAAAUACUCCACACCUGACAAAUACAAGCUUCAUGCCCAUAUGAGGACUCAACAUGAACAGGAGAGCCGUGCUGUUUGUCCCAUCUGCCAACGCAGUUACCCACAGCACAGAUUAAAGCACCACCUUAAAUCAUCCCACCCAGAUAAAGUACCCGUUGGAGGUAAAGGACUGAUGGUGCAGCGUGCAGAGAAGUGCCCUUACUGUGACUCCUACUUCCUGAAGAACAGCAGUGACUUUCAGCAGCACAUCUGGGCCCAUCAAGGUUUAAAGCCGUACGUCUGCAGUGUGUGCAAUUACUCGAGCUGCAACCGGAGUAACCUGAAGACCCACAUGAACCGACACAACAUCGAGAAGCAUCAUCUCUGUGAUUUGUGCGGUAAAAAGUUCAAAUCUAAACUCACGCUGAAAAGCCACAGACUGAGCCACACAGAUGAGGGGAGGAAGUUUCGUUGUUCAGAGUGUCCCUUUACGUCUGUCUUUAAACCUUCUCUGCUGAGACACAUGGAGCAACAUGCUAAGUUUAAGCCGUUUCAUUGCGCUCACUGCCACUACUCGUGUAACAACGCUGGUGCUCUGAAGCGACACUACAACAUCAAGCACCCGGAAGAAACCUAUGAGAAUGCUGGACCUGGACUGCCAAACUCUGAAACUCUGAAACAGCAAGGUGGGAUGAAGUGCCCUGAGUGUGAGUUCGUUUAUGGAACAAAGUGGGAGUUGACCCGUCACCUGAAGACCAAACACAAUCUGAAAGUGGUCGAGGGUAACUGGGAGGUGUCUGGGGAAACAGAAGCUCAGUAUUCGCCUGUAGAAAAUGAAGAACACACGACAGAAGCACCUACAGCAGUCCUGGACAACAAUGAUCACGUCCAGCAGAUCGCCGAAUUGAGCUCAGAGACUCACAAUGCAGUAGCCUCCAUGGUAGCUGUGGCUCCAGGCACUGUGACUGUACUACAGCAGUUGCAGGUGGCUCAGGAGCAGGAAGUGGGUGACUGCAGCAACCAGCUGAUGGUCGUGAACGCAGAUGAAGGUCUUGAUGGCAACCAGGUGAUGGUGGUGGAGGACGGACAUGGUCUGGAUGCUCUGACGGUCCUCACUCAGGGAGAAAACACUUACCACUACAUUGUAUACAUCCAGGAGCAAACUGUGGAGAUCAACUAGUAGUGUUCAGAAUUUAGCAAAUAAAUUUUGAGCUUUUUAAUGGGUGGUUGUUUUUCAAUUUGAAGAAUGUUUGUUUUCAGUCGAGUUUUACUUGUGACAAAGGAAGUAUUGCAAAUAAUUACAGUACAUAACUGGAUGAGCUUGGGGGUCAUGUUGUACAAAGUAAAUUUAUAAACACUGACAUAACUCACUGUAGUGGUUUAGUUUGUAAAACAUUGGUCUAUGUUAUAAAGCUGAGAUUUCACUGUUUUUUGGUUAAAAUAAUUCUGCCACUUUAAGUUCACUGGUGUAAGUUAUGGAUUUAUAGACUGCCUUGCUCACGUACACUUUUUUUCUGUAGGACUGACAUCAGAAAUUUUUGAUGGUCACUUAAACCAUUGAGUUUGUUGUGGUUGAGCCACUUUCUAAUUUAUUUGGCUGCUUAGGAACAUGGUGCCCAAACCUCAAAACAUCUUAACUGAUGUGUUGAGAUCUUGCUUUAAUAGUUGUACAUAAUGUUUUUUCAUCAUGUGUUUUGUGAAGUGUGCCAAUGCCUCACGCAACAAAAACAAAUCACAAAAUGAUGCUGACACCCCUGCACAGCUGGAAUGGUGUUUUCAGGCUUGAAAGCUUCCCUCUUUUUCCUCUAAAUGUAAUGUGGCCAAACUUCAAUGUUUCAUCAGACCACAGGACAUGUCUCCAAAAGGUCUUUGUCCCUGAGUUAAUUUGCAAAUUUUAAUCUGGCUUUUAAUAUUGCUUUGGAGACCUGGCUUCUUCCUUGCUGAGUGGCCAUUGAGACCAUAUCUGAACAGGACUCAUUUCACUGUGUGGAUAAGGACAAUCUCUUUGCUCAGCAUCUCCACAUGCUUAUAAGCAUUUGUUCUGUGCUUGAUUUGUAUAUUUUGCACCAAGACAUUUCUAUGUCUGAGACACAGAACCUGCCUAUUUUUAAACUGUAGAAUGGCUACACAUUCCCUAGCGGUUUAUACUUGCAAUAAAUUCUUUGAACAGAUGAAUGUGGCAACUUCAGGCUUCUAGGAAUUGUGGUUAAGGAUAAAACAGACUUCUGAAGGUCCAUAAUUCUGUUUCUAAUAUGUCCCACAAGGAAGCUGUGUUUUUAAGGUUGUUGCUUUAAACUGUAUACCCACAUAUGCCUCCAUUUAACUUAGAUUAACCUCUCACAGGCUUACAAAGCUUAAAAAGGAUCUGGGCUUUCCUAAAAAGUUUGAAGGUGUCUUGGUGUAUGUAAACCUCUGACCUUUGAACAAACAAUUCUCUAAAUGUUCUUUCAUAUUAUUCUAGCAUUUAGUAAAUUGAAAAAAAUAUAUAAUCAUGUAUCAUAUAUAAUCAUGACCGACCUAAAACUGGAAACGUUUUGUAUUAUUUAAUGAUGAGAAACAAAAGGUUAUAAGUCUUUUAUACGCUGUGUGUAAUAUGAACAGGUGUUACAAAAAGUGUGCAGCAAUUUGUAAAAAGGCUUCUGUGAGUUUCUAUCCAAUUAAAUCUGUCUCUCACACACA